ACCCUGAGGCUUUGACCUGCCACCAUACCGGUCGCAAACAUUUCGACACCUUACACUUAACACCUCCCAAGUGCUUCAAUCAGAUCCAACAUAGCGCCUGUGGGCUUCGCCAAACCUGCGAGAUGGGCGUCAAGGAGUUUUUCCAAAAACGGUCUUUGCGCCAGAAGGACAAUGUCCGCACGAAUGCUGCCGAAUUGACGCUAAAGGAGUCUUUGUUUCCGAUCAUGCUCGUCACUAUCCUCUUCUUUCUUUGGGGCUUCUCUUACGGCCUCCUCGAUACUCUCAACAAGCACUUCCAGGACACACUUCACAUUACCAGGGCUAGGUCCUCUGGAUUGCAAGCUGCUUAUUUCGGAGCCUAUCUCAUUGCCAGUCUUGGGCACGCGGCGUGGAUCUUGAGACACUGGGGCUAUAAAGCCACCUUUGUCUUUGGACUCUUCCUUUACGGCCUCGGAGCUAUCAUUGCGAUCCCAUGCAUUAUCGCCAAGAGCUUCGGCGGCUUCUGUGCCGCCAUUUUCAUCAUCGGUAAUGGCCUCGGCUCCCUCGAAACAGCCGCCAACCCGUACAUCACCGUCUGCGGCCCCCCCAAGUACAGCGAAAUUCGAAUCAACAUUUCUCAAGCCUUCAACGGUAUCGGAACCGUCGUUGCCCCCGUCAUGGGAUCCUAUGUCUUCUUCGCCUUUGACGAUAAACGUGCUCUGGAGAAUGUUCAAUGGGUCUAUCUUGCCAUCGCCGUGUUUGUUUGGGGACUCGCGAUCGUCUUCUGGCUGGCUCGUAUCCCAGAAAUCACAGAUGCCGACAUGGCUUUUCAGGCUUCCGAGACGCAUGCCAGCGUUGACGACAAGCCCUUCAAAAAGCAGUACCGUCUAUUCCACGCUUCUUUCGCCCAAUUCUGCUACACUGGUGCUCAGGUAGCCAUCGCGGGCUUUUUUAUCAACUAUGUCACAGAGCGUCGCGAGAACACUGAUAACGCGCUUGGCUCGAAACUUCUUGCUGGCGCCCAAGGCGCCUUUGCGAUUGGUCGUUUCGCCGGAGUUGGCAUUAUGCACUAUAUCAAACCCCGUUGGGUAUUCCUGGCAUUCCUCUCAUCCUGCAUCAUAUUCAUUGCCCCUUCCAUCACCCAGAAAGGCGAUACCGGCAUGGCUAUGCUAUAUGUUGUCCUAUUCUUCGAGUCUAUUUGCUUUCCGACAAUUGUGGCACUGGGUAUGAGAGGUCUGGGCCGGCAUUCUAAGCGUGGCAGUGGCUUCAUUAUUGCAGGCGUCUCUGGCGGUGCUGUUGUACCUCCUUUGCUCGGUGUUGUUGCCGACCACAAGGGUAUGGGCAUUGCAAUGGUCAUCCCUCUGGUCUUUUUUGCCUUGGCAUGGACAUAUGCCUUUGCCGUUAACUUUGUCCCGAGAUACCGUAAUAUCGCCGAUUCAUUCAGUGAAACUGAGGUUGGUAUCAGGCCUGUCGAUAGAGAGGAGGAAAAGGGAGGGAUCGAGUCUGUUGAAGACAAACACGGCAAGAAUGCCAUCCCCACUGUGGCAUGACCUUAAGCAACUCAGACUGCAUGGUGCAUAGCUUCGUUUGAGAAGAUUGGAAACCGUACAUUGUAUUUUCAUGAGAUACCACUCAGUUUCUUGGGAGUGACGCGUU